GAGAUAUUCUGGUCGUGUAAACCAAACAUAAGAUCAGAAAAGAAGUUGCAAAAACAAAAUGGAAUCCAAAGAACCCUUAAAGAUAAGUGAAUAAUGAACUGGACAACAAUGUUUUCUUCGUUGUUUUUCAGAGAUAUUGAGAAUGGCGAGCCAGAGCAAGGCUUUAACUCUCCUCUUCUUACAACUCUAUCUAAUGGCGCCGAUAUAAAUAUUAUGCCACAUAGCAAUGUCGUGAGAAGACAUAAAUUACCAAAGUUACACGCGGUCAUACCUUCCAAUGCUACCACCGAACCAACCCCAUUACCGCUGACUCCUGGAACGUGUCCAACCAAUAGACGAAAUGAUCGCCGCCUUCGCAGACUAAACACGGAUCUCCUGGAAGCGAUCGAGUCUUACAACGUAGAAGAUGUAGAAACCUUACUAGAAGAAGGAGCGAAUCCAAACGUCACAUGCCGUCUCGAUAAUGUGUCGGCUUGUCAUCUGGCCGCUCUGACUGGAGGCGAAGCUUUAAACCUUUUACUUAAGUUUGGUGCUGACAAAAACCGUCUCGACAAGUAUGGAAGGACGCCCUUACAUCUCGCAGCCUAUGCGGGAAAUGCAAGGCAGUUGGCAAUUCUCUUGGACUUUACUGAAGAUAUGCAGAAACGUGUGGACACAGAUGAUAUGUCAUCAGAAGCAGAGGAGGACGUCAAAAGAAUGUGUCCGAUAACGAUGAAAAUGGUUAAUGUGAGGUGCGACGUAGAAGAAGUUAAUACAGUUCUUCCGAAGAGUUGGAUGGAUGAUAUCGACCACAACUGUAUGAGCAUUAAGGGCAGCUUACCAUUACUCCAACCCGGCUGGACGCCUCUACACGUUGCGGUGUCUUGCGCAAGACGUCGUUGUACAAGACUACUUCUAGCUGCCGGGGCUGAUCCUAAUAUUUCCGACGUCCUUGGACGAACUGCAUUGGAUGUUGUGGGUUCAGCACACUAUCAUAAUGAAAAUAUCAACUCUGAAAAAGGUCAUCAAAAUGCUCAUUAAAGCCGGUGGAAAACACAACUCAAUGACAUCAGACGGCAUAAAUGAUAUAGACACACCUCUCCAUACAGCUGUAGAAUUAUCAAAUAUUGAC